UGGGUUUUUAAAUGGCCUUGAAAACCACAACAAAAGCAGUUUAGUUUUUGGUUCAAGUUUUUUUUUCUUGACCGGUUCGGCCGGUAUACCAUCAGCAGAACCUGAUGAAUUGAUUUGAAUCUGAUUCCUUUUCUAACUUUUUUGUAUCUUCCAAAUUUUAAUAGGAAACCAAAAGUCGGUCUCUAUUUAAUCAAAAGCAACUUUUGCGCAAUUUUUUUAUCAGUGAUCACCUUGUCUCGAGGGAUUCUAGGUUUCCUUGAGUGUCACGUAAUUUUGGGUUCUAUUUUUUUUUUAUCAGAGAUUCAACUAAAUCAGAGGUUCUUUUGGAUACAAAGGAGGAAGAUUCCACAUGAUGGUGGAGACCUCUGAAACAAGCAGUUCAUCAUGGGACGUUGCAAUAGAUUCUUCAAACAUGGGGUUUAGGCUUCUAAAGAAGCAAGGAUGGAAGGAAGGCACUGGUCUUGGAAUCUCUCAGCAGGGUAUAUUAGAGCCUCCACUAACAGUGCUCAAAAACAACAAACGAGGACUUGGAGCUGAAAAUACAAAUAAGAGAAAAGCGGCAAAGCCUCACUCUAUUGCUACAGAUUCUAAACAAGUCGCUAAGAAAACAAAGAAACUAUCUAAGAAGAUGCGGAAGAUGAUUGAGCAUGAGAAACACUUGCUGGAAAAGGAAUUUGAACGAGCUUUCUUUAGGGAGUUCUGGCCUGAUAAUGUAUAAAGAGAUAGAUUAUACUACUUUCUUUCUGUUUUCCUUUUUGAACUUAAUAUUGCAAAACGUUAUGCUGAUACUAGAUACUCUGAAAAUAGAAUGACUUUAUGCAGGUGAUAAAUAUAGUAAACCGAACAUCUUUUUUCAUCUAUUUGUUUCUCUAACUAGUAGAGGAAAGUGAAGUGAUUUAAAUCCAAUCCUGCCAACUUUUGGCACCGGAUAUUCCUGUGGAUGGGUUAGCUCUUACAUAUGGAGAAGGCGAACCUCCAUGCUAACAAGACAACUCAUUACUUGGUUGAGUUUUGCCGAUGUUACAGGUAACAGGUUACUUCCAAACAUCACACAAUGAGGGAGGACUGGUCCCAGUGCUUGGUAUUCACUGACAUUAGCACCGGUCCAUGCAGAUUUUAAUGAUACAUACAUAUUUUGCAUAUCAAAUUUCUCACGAGUAGAUUAAUAAAUUUCACACAAAUGCAUAAUACGGAUAUCACACUCAAAAGUUCAACACAAUAACAGAGAUUGUGAACUUACUAAUAAAGAUGACUAAUUCAAAUUGUCUAUAGAACACUUAAAACAUAAGAAAUAAAUUACCAAAAUGGGCAAGUGAUCAAACCAAACAAAAGUCUUGUUCUCUUUCUGUCUUUCAUCUAAAGAUUUAACAAACAAA